UUAUUAUUUAUCUUUAUAUUUAAUUUAGUUUUCAAUAUUUAAUUUCUAAAUACUCGGUUUCUUUUAUAAAAAAACACUGCCGGACGUCCCUUCGUUAAUACACCCUGAAAUACAUGUCUUAUUCCUAAUAUUUAAAAUGUUGUUUAAUGUUAAAAAUUCAAGCAUUUAUUUGUGUGUUCGAGUAUUAAUUUAAAAUGUCACUCAAUCAAGAAGUUAAAAACAUUAUGCUACAAAAUGAUGAAACAAAAUUGAUCGCUUUGAAAGAUAUAUUACAAAAAAAUAUUAGUUCUUGUAAUAAUACGAUUCUUGUCGACUCUUUCGAAGAAGAAAAAACUCUUAAAAAUUUUGAAAUCUAUCUGCCAAAGAGUUUUAAAGAAAAACAUAAUGGCAGUUAUGUUGUUUUAAGGUCUCAAUCAACUGGAAACUGUCUGUACAGUUCUAUCUCCUUACGUCUUACUGGAAAUAACUGUAUAGUUAACGAUUUAAGAUUACAGACCUCAAUUGAGCUAUUCUUAAAUGCCGAGUUUUAUUCUAACCAUCCAACUUUUCAUUAUGCUUUUAUUAACAAUACUAGCUCUUUUCUUUGCUAUGAUAACAUUUUUCCUUUAUCAGUAUCACUAAAUUCUUUGGAUUCUGGAAAAAAAAGUAAAGAUUUAGUUCAAGAAGAAGCUAUUAACAAUUGUAACAAUGAAAACUGGUCUUCUUUCCUUUGUAUUCUUGCAUUAUCAAGUGUUUGCAACAAGAAAAUAGAAUGUUUGUAUCCAGAUUUUGGUCUACAGAAGUAUAAAAUUUUAUUCAGCUCAACUAUUUUACCUCGUAUAACUUCCUUAAACACUAUUGAGUCUUUACAUCUCCUUUUUUGUUAUGAAGGUGUAUUAAAUGAUUUUUCCGCUCCUUUUCAACACAACCAUUAUACCCCUGUGAUAAUAAAAGAAAACUUAAAACGAAAAAAUUUAAACAAAAGCUGCAAAAUGUCGCAGACUAAAAUAAAAUUUUAUUUCGAGACCAAACAUUAAGAUAAUAACUAUUCGUUGGACAAUUUAAAAAGUAAACCAAUGGAAGUCUCUAGUCAACCCCCAUUAUCAUUAUCAAAUUUUAGUAAAAUUACAUGUUGCGAAUCAUUUUCUUUACCUUCCAAUAACUAUGAUAUUGGUUAUUUGGUUUCUAACUAUACUAGUUAUUCAAGUAUUGCAAAAACCUUGAGUAAUUCUGAACUUCAACAUUUAGUUAAAGAUGUUUUUGUACCUUGUAAAACAUUUUCUUUUCCUAAAAAUCUUAAUGGGCGAAGUUUUCAAUUUAUGUGGAUAGAAAAAUUUCCAUGUCUCACAUAUUCGAAAAUAUUCGAUGGAGCCUUUUGUUUGCCAUGUGUACUUUUUGGGUGUAAUUUUCCAUCUGAAUGUAGUUUAGUCGAAAGAUUAUUUCGUAAGCCUUUUGAUCGCUGGAAUGAUGCUUCUCGUUACUUUCAGAAACAUGCAUUUGGCAAAAACAAUAAUAAGUCUGUCUGCAGAAAUAAAGGCUUACAUGUAAAAACUGCUGAAGUUUUAUUUUCAUUGUCGUCGAUUUGGUCUUCUAAAACAGAAUCAAUAGAUAUUACAUCUCAAAAAAUAGUUCAAUCACAGGUUUCUAAAAACCGACAGUUAUUACAACCAAUUAUUGAAACAAUUAUUCUCUGUGGACGUCUUGGUCUUUCUUUACGAGGCCAUAGAGACGAUUCAGAGUUUCAUCCUGAAAAUAGUGAGUCUUUUAAUCAUACUGUUGGAAAUUUUAUUGAAUUAUUACAUUUUCGUGUUAAAGCUGGUGAUAAAGUUCUUAAAGAUCAUCUUAAAUAUCGUCAACAAAAUGCUUCUUACAUAUCUAAGACAUCACAAAAUCAGUUAAUAAGGUGUUGUGGAGAAGUUAUUACUGACACAAUAAUAGGAGAAAUUAAAAAUUCUAAAUAUUUUUCUAUUAUUGCUGAUGAAGCUUCUGACAGUUCAAACAAAGAACAGCUAUCAUUAGUUAUACGGUUUGUUGAUUCAAAGUUUAAUAUAAGAGAAGAAUUUAUCAGUUUUUUACAUUGCACAAAAGGUGUUACUGGUCAAGGAUUAUUUGAUAUUUUGUUAAAAAGUAUUUCAGAUUUUUCUUUAGAUAUCAUGAAUUGCAGAGGACAGUCAUAUGAUGGUGCUGGAGCAAUGGUUGGUCACACCAAAGGAUUGUCCUCUCGUAUUUUAAUUCAAAAUGAAAAAGCUACAUUUGUUCAUUGCUAA